UUCCGGCAUACGUAACACUUUUCUUGUUUUGUAACUCGAACAGCGUGCCUGUUAUCAAACUGAUUUUUUUUUUUUCAGCAAACCAGGUCUGAGUUUUCACAGUCCGGAGCGUAGCUGCAGGUCUUCAUCAUGGCUCACGUGUGCAUUCACUGGUUCCGCAAGGGACUCCGGUUGCACGACAACCCAGCACUGAUGGCAGCUCUCAGAGACUGCAAGGAGCUGUACCCGCUCUUCAUCCUGGACCCCUACCUCUAUGACCAGAACCUGGCCGGCAUCAACCGCCUGAGAUUCCUCAUUAGUUCUCUUCAAGACCUGGACUGCAGCCUGAGGAAGCUCAACUCCAGACUGUUUGUCGUCAGAGGAAAGCCAGAAGAAGUUCUCCCCAAACUGUUCACAAAGUGGAAUGUCACAAAGCUGACCUAUGAGUACGACACAGAGCCGUACAGCCGGAGCAGAGACAAAAACGUCACCAUGCUGGCCGAGGAACAGCGAAUUCAAGUCAUCUACAAAAUCUCCCAUACGCUUUAUGAUAUAGACAGGAUCAUUGAGGAAAACAAUGGGAAGCCUCCUCUCACUUACAAUCGUUUGAGAGACAUAGUGAAAGCUUUGGGUUCACCGAAGAAACCGAUUCCUGCCCCAACCGUGGAGGACAUGAAAAAUAUAGCGCCUUUCUCAGAGAAACACAAACCGGAAUACGGGAUUCCUUCACUGGAGGAGCUCGGCCUGGACACCUCCUCUCUUGCAGAAGAGAUUUUUCCAGGAGGGGAACAGGAAGCUCUUAGGAGGCUGGAUACAUACAUGCAAAGACCAGGGUGGGUUUGCAGUUUUGAGAAGCCAAACACAUCUCCAAACUCUCUGAGCCCCAGCACCACCGUCCUCAGUCCAUAUGUGACUUUUGGCUGUCUGUCAGCAAGAACCUUCUGGUGGAGACUCGCAGAAGUUUACCAAGGGAAAAAGCACUCUGAUCCUCCGGUCUCCCUACACGGUCAGUUGCUCUGGAGAGAGUUUUUCUACACGGCGAGUGUGGGAAUUCCAAACUUCAACAAGAUGACGGGCAACCCCGCUUGUACUCAGGUGGAUUGGGAUGAAAACCAGGAGUAUCUAGCUGCUUGGAGAGAGGCUCGGACCGGCUUCCCCUUCAUCGAUGCCAUCAUGACUCAGCUGAGACAAGAAGGAUGGAUUCACCACCUGGCCAGACACGCCGUUGCCUGUUUCCUCACCAGAGGAGACCUGUGGAUCAGCUGGGAGGAAGGACAGAAGGUUUUUGAGAAGCUCCUGUUGGACGGAGAUUGGGCUCUGAAUGCUGGAAACUGGCAGUGGCUGUCUGCAAGCACCUUCUUCCACCAGUUUUUCCGGGUAUAUUCCCCUGUCGCCUUCGGCAAGAAGACAGACAAAAAUGGCGACUACAUAAAAAAGUACCUUCCCAUUCUCAAGAAGUUCCCACCACAAUACAUCUAUGAGCCCUGGAAAGCUCCCCGCAGUGUCCAGCAGGCAGCAGGAUGCAUUGUGGGUAAAGACUACCCAAAGCCAAUCAUAGAGCAUGAAGUUAUCAGCAAGAAGAACAUUCAGAGGAUGAAGCAGGCUUAUGCCCGGAGAACUUCAGGCAGCACUGAGUCUCCAACCAAGAAACAAGGUGUAAAGCGCAAAGCUCCAACUGUUGUCGACUUGAUCCAGAAGAAACAAAAAAGGAGUUAAACAAAUAAUAUGAAUACAGUUAAAUGUUCCCUAAAGAAUCUACCAAAAAAACUCCAUUUUAAGUUAUUUCAGUUAAAGGUUAUGGGGUUCUUUCAAUACUGAAUCUAUUUUACAAUUAUUUUUAUUUUUACACAUUUUUACUUCUCUUUUUCUUUGGACUUUAGCUUGAUGUUAAAAGCAAAAAGUUAUGGUUAAGAUACUUUUAACUGUUUAUUUAUGUCAAAUGUUACUUAGAUUUUAUGCAUUUCAUGUUGCAUUAAACCUUAACCUCAUGUUUUUGGCCAAACUAAUGGUUGAUGUUGACUAAAGUCUUCAAUAAGGGCUACUUUACCCAGUGUAAGGUGGUAGUAAAACAACAAAACAGUUUGAUUAAAGGAUUUUUCUUUGAUAAAAUAUUUUAAGGCAGAUAAUAGAAAUAGAUUUAAAUGGACAGAAAAUAUCUUUAGGUGUUUACAAGUUUGAAAGUUUUUUUUCUCAGGAUGAAAUGGCAACAAACGUUUCAAUAUUGUUUUUACCUAAAGAUUAAAAAAAAAUAUUUUUUACAGAAGUGAGAGUUUCUCUGGGAGUUAAAGCCAAUUAUUAAAGAACAAUGUAUAUAUUUUGCCUUGAAUGUUUUUCCAGCUAACGUAAAAUUCAAAAUGUUUACCUGUUUAUCACUUGUUAAAACAAUAGUUAAGUUAGUCAACAUGAACAUCUCAAUACAAAUACAACACAAUACAAAAUCUCUGCUUCAAGUUUCCACUAGAGGGGGCUGCUGUUCUGUUUAGAGAAACGUGUUUCAUUUUUGAUCAGUUGAACAUCUGACCAACACCUAAGUGGAUUAAAGAAAUCUCAUCAAUAAAGAUACAAAAGUGACUAUA